GCAUCAAUAACAUCCACUGCGAGCCUGACGAUUGGGUAUCCUCUUGCGUUGGUCGGCUUGACUUUCAUUGAUUGUCAGAGUGCAUACUCACGAUGACUCUUCUCCAAACUCUUCUCCAUGUGACCAAUUUCCGGAACCCCUUCCUCAGAACACUCGUCCCCUCAAUAGCGACCGCCUUCGCCAUCCAAGGAGCCGUAGCAGUCCCCUCCAUCCUUGCCCAAUCCGAGCGCUUCUAUGAUCUUUCCGGCUCCCUAACUUACCUCUCGGUCACUGCCCUCUCCCUCUACUUACCCACACUCCGGGCUCGCGCAGCAGCCUCCCUUGCUGGAACAGCCAAACCAGCAUUGCCAUCUCUCCUCGCUGCAUUCACAGGCACCGGCGGGCCUCACGGUCUAAACUGGCGCCAAGUCGUCCUCAGCACCGCAGUCUCGAUCUGGGCCACCCGUCUCGGCAGCUACCUCUUCCAACGCGUGUUGGCCGACGGUCACGACUCUCGCUUUGACGAGAUCAAGAAACAGCCCCCAAAAUUCCUCGGAGCCUUCAUAGCCCAAGCAACAUGGGUCUCCCUCUGCCUGCUCCCCAUCCUGGGUCUUAACAGCAUCCCGCACACCCUGCUGUCCACCCUCCCUGUUCUCACACUGACCGAUAUCGCUGGCCUUACGCUCUUCCUGGGUGGCUUCACGUUUGAGAUCCUUGCGGACAGACAGAAAUCUGCUUGGUCGGCUGCUAAGAAGCGCAAGGAGCAUGAUGAAGAGUUCCUCACCUCGGGACUGUGGUCGAAGAGUCGGCAUCCGAAUUACUUCGGGGAGAGCACACUGUGGACUGGUAUUGCGGUCACGGCGGCAGGAGUUCUGGGUAGUAGUGUGGGAUUGAGAGGGAUGGGAAUGGCUGGGAUGGGAGGAGUGGGAAGAUUGGUUGGGAUGGGAAUGUGUGCUGUGAGUCCGGCUUUUGUGACAUUUUUGUUGUUGAAGGUCAGUGGGGUGCCAUUGAGUGAGAAGAAGUAUGAUAAGAGGUAUGGGGAUAGGAAGGACUAUCAAGAGUGGAAGAAAAAUACGCCAAUGUUUGUGCCGAAGUUUUGAUUGAUACGGAAGAGAGGUGAUGGAUGAGGUGUACAUGAUAUUUAGCUGAAAAUGAAAACCUGCAUCGAAA